UCGUGUGGCAGCCACAGUCUGUCGUGCGCUCUCGAGCUUCAUUGCAGCAAAGCUAUUCAGAGUCUGCAAAUCGUUCGGGCGUGACUUUUAACUCUCCUAAAUAGCAACCGGCAACCCUGUUUCGCAGCACUUUCCGUCGCACUCGCCAGGGAUACGAAAUCAUCAAACGACACACAACAAAAAAAUAAGUGACGCUCUUCGACGUAACGAAAGAAAAAAAGGGCUGGAACACACUUCAAGUCUCACGACAUUCCCUACCUUUUUUAUGUGUGUGUGUGUGUGUUGCGACUUGAUGUAAUCAGUGUACUGUGUGAUCUCUUAUGUGAACGUAAGUGACGCUUUGUUCUUUCGACGACACUCUCUUCGUUGGCUGUCGUUUAUAAAAAAGAAGGAGGGGAGCGAAAGAAACGAAGAGAAAAAGGAAAAACAUUAAAACUAAGAUGAUGGUGUCUGUGCAGAGAAAAAUGGACAACGUGACGCCGGUGAUUGUCGCCUUAGUGGCGCUCAAUUUGAUUGGCUCGUCUUGGGCGUCGCCGCUGCCGCAGAGAUCGAAUCACAGUUCGCUGGCGCUCAUUGCUCUUACGACUUCAUCUCAUCGGCCGCCUCAUUCAUCCGAGUCGGAUCCGCAUUCUUUGCCGACAUCCGAGUCUUCAACGAACGCAGAGUCGACGCUAUCGGCCGACCAGCUUGACCGAGUCCAGCUCCUAACAUCCUCGUGGGAACCCGGGCAAUUCAAUUUGCCUUUCAGCGUGCAAGCGGAGGAGAUAUCGGACGAAGAGUGGCGUCAGAUGAUGACGGACGAUUUGCGGCGUCACGGCGUUCUCGGACAGAUCGUCGAUACCGUACCGCCCUACGUAGUGAACGUUGAUUACGCCGAACACGCCUGCGUUCACAUGGGCAAUCAACUCGUUCCACGUCAGACCCAACUCCAGCCGCAUCAAAUCAAUUUCCCGACUAAUGGAAGCGGAGGACUCUUCACGCUGAUGGCCAUCGAUCCGGACGUGCCUAGUCGAAACAACAGCAUCUACUCAGAGUUCCUACAAUGGCUAGUGGUCAACAUCCCCGACGAGGAUAUCGAACGAGGCGACGUGCUGGCUGAAUACCUUGGCCCAUUGCCGUCGCACAACGGCGGCCAACAUCGCUUCAUCUUCUUGGCACACAAGCAGCCCGAUGGAUCAAUCAUCAACACGAGCCGCUUGCCUCACGCAGAGUCGUGCGACUGGGCAUCUCGGGCGCGUUUCAGCGCCCGCAAAUUCGCCCAACUCCAUCGGCUCGGCGAGCCGAUGGCCAUCAACUAUUUCACGACAGAGUUCGAUUCGUCCGUGCCGCUGACCAUCGAGCAGUGCCUAUUGCGGAGGCAGAGCCUCAUCCACAUCCAACAGCGUCUACUCUCCUGAUUCUAUUUUUCAUUCUGAAUCUUUUAAUUUGAAUAUUUUUUUGUUUUUUGGGUUUUUUUCCUCAUUGUUUCUACCCGCUCGCAUCACACGGGCCCGCCGUCCAUUUUCUAACGUCACAGAGCAAAACAAAAACGAUAUGAAGACAUUUUUCAAAGAAAAGAACGAAAAUCAAUACACUGUGUGUCACGAUGA